AUCAUUUCGAAUUUCAAGUAUGGUCAUUUACUUAUAUUUGAGUCUAUGAUAAUGAUUUUAUGCAUAUGGUUACUCAUGACUCUGCUCGUGCGUUCUGUUAUAUCUUUCGCCGGUUCCCGGGCCGGUUCUGUUGUCGUGCACACUUUGAUAUACUCCGGUGUUAUGCUGUGUUUAUGGUUCACCGAGCCACUCGCUAGAGGGUCGGGUUCCACUUAUAUUUGGUGUUAUGCUGUGUAUGGCGUUAUGCUGUGUUGUGAUAUGUGACGGGGAUACGGAGAUUUGAAACCUUCUGGUGUUAUGCUGUGUUAUGGCGCCAUCGACGGGCGGGCGACCAUAUUCUUCUGUACCUUAUGCAUGACUUAUAUUUUGAAAGUAAACAUUUUGAUAUGUUGGGCUUGUACUUAUUUUCUGGACUUCUAUUUCGUUUAUGCCUCAGAUUUGUUUUGUGUAUCUUCUGCUUUGCAUACUCAGUACAUAUUUCGUACUGACCCCCUUCCUUCGUGGGGGCUGCGUUUCAUGCCCGCAGGUACAGACGCACAGUUUGGUGAUCCACCAGUUUAGGACACCCUCUUCUGCUGUUUGGAGUGCUCCUCUUAUUUCGGAGCCUACAUUUUGGUGGUUAAUGGAUUUGCAUUUAUCCAAAAUAGAGCAAAAGAAGAUGGAAAGACUCAAACCUCCCGGUGAUAUGAGUUUACCUGAAUCACUGCUUAGAGAAGAUGAUUUACAUUAUGCGAACAUUCAAACUUCUGUUGCAAAGGCAUUUGAAAUGCAUAAGGGUGAAAGGACAUAUCAUGGUGCGCCAACCACGUUGCUCUCCAAUUCAGCUGAGAAUUUGAGAGGCACUUCUUCCAUGCUUGAUAAGAUGAACAACAAGGGGCUAUGCUAUAUUGCAGAGACUGUAACUGACAGCUCAAUUACUUUUGAGAAAACCAAUUGGCAAAUGAGAAGGAUAAUCAAGCAAUUUCUUCCCAAAAUUCUCCAUAAGCAUGAUGGUUCCAGUCAAACUCGAAUUAAGCAAAUUUCUCAACUCCUCAAAGAUCCUCAAAACUUUCGUGCUAAUCUCGGGGCUUCUUGUUUUACCUCAGAAUCCUUUCGCAGUGCUGCUAUUUAUGUUCUGGAUAGACUCAAAAAGCUGUGUCCUCAAACUUUGGCUAAAAUGCAUAGGAAUCUGUGGGAUGUCACAGAUUACAUCCCUAAGACGCAAUCUGAAAUAAAAGAUAGGAAACGUUUAGUUAAAAAAAUCAGGGAAAUAUCAUUGAAAAUGUUAUCAGACUAUGAAGAAGGGGAUGAGCCACCAGAACCCCUGGCGAAGGCUUUGUCUGUAGCAGCCUUAAUGCUAAAACCAGAACUUGAUUAUUGUCCCUCUCAAAUGUUUUUCCAAAAACUUUCUACAGAUGUAGAAGCAUUGCAGAAUGAUAUAGCAAAAGCAAUCAGGAUUCUAAGUGAUAAAAAUAAAGUAAGUUUCGCGGAGCUGAGAAAGUUGCCUCUUGUGCUGGAUUCUUAUGAUCAAGCUAGUGUUCGUUUGCGUGUGGGAGUGAAGAAACUGUUGGCGGAAUAUCUUCUUGAGUGCAGCGACUUGCAGUCUAUCCCUGAAAAUUUACUAGAAAGUCUAGCUAUUAUUAACAAAACAUCUAGGCAUGCAUCUCGGAAAACCUACUCAAACAAGGAGGUAGAAGAAGUAGAAUGUGUGCUGACUAUUAGUGCUCAGAUAAAACAAGUUUUUUGGGAUUUACUCACUCAAUGUGAUGUCAGUGAAGAUUUUGCAAAUGCAUACAUGGAGAAUGUAGAGGAAAGUUAUGAAGGUGGUGAUGAAGAUGAGCAUCUUUCUGAUCUUCCUCAAAAUUGCAGGUCUGAUCCUAAUGUCUCAUACAGCCAAGCAGAAAGUGUCGGCAAUAUAAACCAAAGCAAUUCCCACUCACCAAUCACUGCUGUUCGAGAUGAUGGUUUAUCCUCUCUGCUUUCACCGAAACUCAAGUCGAGCGUCAAACUUGAGUCAAUGUAUAUGGAUGAUACAGAUUCAGUUCAUUCCCAUUGGUUUAGCAAUUCCUCAUCAUUCUUAGAAUCAAAAGCUUCUGAAGACGCAAAGAGUAUGAGUGGUAUAGAUUACCACUUAAGAAGCAUAGGCCAACAGGAAGGAAGGGAUUCAUGCCCAUCUAUGUCAACUAGAGAUCAGAAUAGAUUUUCUACACAUUUCUCGCCUAAUAAAGGAUUAGGCAGGAAUGAUAUGGAGGAAAAAGGAACUGCAGGGGACUUGGGAUGCAGACCAUCAAAAUUUAUAUCGGCCAAGUGUUCAGAAGAAAAAGAUGUAUCGCUUCACAGACAAAACUCGAGUAAAAAUCAGUAUCUUCUUGUCCAGGAAGGUUCUGAUGAGACAAGUAUGGUUGCUUAUAGUCUUGUUGGCUGUAUGUUAAAUAAGUUUGCUGAGUUGGAUGGGUUACAGUUAAAGGAGGAUGAUGUAUCAUAUCUCCAAGGCAAUAUUUCAGAUCCCAAAAAUGAAGUUCUCAAGGACAGGCGAAGCUCUUGUGAUGAGACCACUAACUCCACUGUGAUCCAUGUUCUUGAAGAGAUAAUUCCUUCAUUUUCAAACAGUUUUGGAACUGUUUACGAGGGAACUCUUGGCUCUGAUGGAUUGGCUGUUGAAGUCAAAGUACUCAAUAUGCAGCAUCGAGGUGCUAAUAAAAGCUUCAUAGCUGAAUGCCAAGCAUUGAGAAACAUUAGGCAUUGAAACCUCGUUAAAAGUCAUCACAGCAUGCUCUGGUUCUGAUUAUAAGGGAAACGAGUUUAAAGCUUUGGUGUUUGAGUUCAUGCAGAAAGGGAUCUUGGAAGAGUGGCUACAUCCAAAAGGGGAAACACAAAGGAGCAGCUUGACGAUUCUUCAGAGAAUAAAUAUUGUAGUAGAUGUAGCUUCUGCACUAUAUUAACUUCAUCAUCAGUGCCAAACGCCUAUAAUCCACUGCGAUAAAAAGCCACAGAAUUUUCUUCUUGAUGAAGAUCUCACAGCUCAUCUUGGUGAUUUUGGUUUGGUGAGACUCAUUCCUGGAUUCAGUACUGAAGCCAACCUGAAUUACUUUAGCUCACUUGGAGUAAAGGGAACAGUUGGUUAUGCAGCUCCAUGUAAAUCCUCGAAACUACUUGGACAGUAACUGCAGAAAGACGCGAACAUGACACUAUAAUUCAUAUUAAAUACUCGUUUACGCCUCUUAUUUUUGCUGUUUGUUCACUUCAUGACAUGACUGAUUUUUCAGAAUAUGGCACGGGUGCUAAGGUCUCCGUUUUAGGAGAUAUAUACAGUUUUGGAAUUCUAAUAUUGGAGAUAUUCACUGGAAAAAGACCCCCAGACACAUUGUUUCAAGAAAGCUUUAGUCUGCAUCACUUUGUGAAGAGAGCAUUACCAAAGGGAGUGAUGGAGCUUUUAGACAAGACAGCUUUAGAUUGUGAGUUGACAGGAAAAGCAGCCAAUGGAGAAAAAUAUUUUGGGCUAAUCUGAAUAAAGAAAAGGUGGAAUGCUAGGUUUCCAUACUUGAAAUUGGACUUGCAUGUUCAGCGGAAUCCCCAAGAGAUAGAUUGGCGAUGAGACAAGUUUACGGCAAGUUGACACUGAUCAGGGACAAGUUCUGUGGGAGCUAAAAAAGGAUCAAAGAGGAGAUUGAGGGCGUAGGUAAACCGAAGCUUUGAAUUUCCUUUUCAGGGGUUUCCUAUAGGCGUUAUCUCUUUAGGGACUUGUUCUUUGCAACUGCUGCACAUUUCAAGGGUUGAAUGGCAAUAAAAGAUUUUAGCAUCGCCAGGGAAAAAUGUUUGGCGAAUCUUUCAUUGAAAAAUUACUUUAGUUUCAUUGAUUUUUUUUCCAGAUUAAUAGGUAUUGAUUAUGAUGUUCCAACUUUGGGAUAAGAACAAUACUUGUGUAUAGAAUCUGGAAAAUUGCAGGCCCUUC